GGGAACAAAUUCUCCAACAAGUUCAACUUGUAGAUUUUAAGUAUGGAAAGACGCAAAAAAAUAAAAAAACUAAUGGUUGUUUUCAAAGAAAGUCAAUCUUCUUUCGUCUUCCAUAUUGGAAAAGUCUACUAGUUCGACAUUGUUUGGAUGUCAUGCAUAUUGAAAAAAAUGUGUGUGAGAGUAUUAUUGGUACCUUACUUGAUAUUCCCGGCAAAACUAAGGACGGUCUAAAUAGUCGUUUAGAUCUCGUUGAAAUGGGUAUACGACAAUCUACGGCACCCGAGAAGAAAGGUGAACGUUUAUAUUUGCCUCCUGCUUGUUUCACUUUAUCCAAAAAAGAGAAACAAACAGUUUGCAAAUCACUUGCAAAUAUGAAAGUACCCGAUGGUUACUCGUCUAACAUCAAAAACUUGGUGAAUGAGACUGAAUUGAAACUAAUGGGUCUGAAAUCACAUGAUUGUCAUGCGUUAAUGCAACAUCUACUUCCAAUUGCCAUUAGAUCAGUCUUGCCAAAAAAUGUUCGAGAGUGUUUGACACAUGUUUGCAUUUUCUUUAAUAGGCUGUGCGGGAAGGAAUUAGAAUUGGAUAAGUUAGAUGCAUUACAUGAACAUGUAGUCAAAACAUUGUGCAACCUGGAAAAGUUUUUUCCGCCAUCUUUUUUCGACAUCAUGAUCCAUUUAAUGGUUCAUCUAGUGAGAGAAGCAAGGCUGUGUGGGUCGGUGUGGGCGAGAUGGAUGUAUCCAUUUGAAAGAAAUAUGAAGGUACUUAAAAGUUAUGUGCGUAACCACUAUCGGCCAGAAGCAUGUAUGGUUGAGUGCUACAUAUCUGAAGAGGCUGUGGAAUUUUGUUCAGAGUACAUGGCUGGAGUUGAGGCAAUAGGAAUUAGCAAACCAAGAACUGACCCAGAUGAUGUUGAUAGAGGAUUAAGGGGCAAAGGGACAAUGGUGACAGUGUCCAAGCUUGAACUAGAUCAAGCUCAAUUAGUCGUGAUGAACAAUAACGCAGAGGUUCAACCAUAUAUAACUGACCAUAUGGAGCUGUUACAAUCAAUGGUUCCAAGAAAUCAAAAAAAUAAACAAAAAUGGGUUGCAGACCAACAUCGUCAAACUUUCAUUGGGUGGUUAAGGAAUACCAUUAUAGCAAAGUUGAACGAACCGAAUCAUGGAGUAUCUGAUGUGUUGAGUCGUAUUGCCCUUGGACCAACUUUUGCGGUUGCAAAGCAUGAAGCGUACAUUAAUAACUGAAAUUAAUUAUUAAUGAUUAGUGGAGUUUGAAUAUCUUCAAUAUUCAUCCGUAGUGAAGUAGGUUCUGCGAAUAUAUGUGCUGCGGUGGGAUGGAUGAACAAACUACUGUUAUAUGUGUUAUUUGUCGUUAUACAGCCAUGUUCAAAAUUUUUGGGAUCAUUCAAUUACAACCGUUAUGCUGCCGAAAUUUUGGUAGAAAUUAGAUAAAAUUUGAUAUAUAUAUAUUAUGUUCUGUUUUGUUUAGGGUCCACUCGCUCAACCGCCCUCAAGACGUGAUGCGUCAAAGGGGAAAGCUCCGAUGCU